AUUCGGCUGUCGUGCGUGUCGCGUCUCUGCUGUUCGCCGAGCUGAUCGCCGAGCUGAUCGCCGAGCUGAUCGCCGAGCUGAUCGCCGAGCGUUUCUCUUCUUAACGUCAACGUAUUCCUCCUAAUUUUUCUUCCACUAAAAAGUGAAAUUCGGUAUCGUCGAUGAUCGAACGAGACAUCGGUAACUGAUCUGGACCACGUUACCGUAAAGUGGACCUCGAAGAGUGCGUUCCUCUCCGUUACCGGAGUGCUGCUUUUAACUCGCGCAAAACUGGACCUCGGUGUUGCCCGUCAUAUAAAUAGAGGAACAAGCCAGUCCCGAUGUGACCGGACGGUUUUCUAUUUGCCGUCCGACCGACCCGUGUCCACGGAAUAUGCACAUAACCGCGGCGCUGAGUAUUUUCUACAUUCUAAGAGACAUUUAGGACAGUGUGUCAAGGCCGCAGAUCCCUCGCACCAUUAUGACUCCGUUUUAUUGCGUCUCUCGCGCAAUCUAACGGAACAGCAACCUUGAAGAGGACAACGUCGCGUUAGCAUCCCCCUGGACCGACCACUCUUCUUUUGUCGAUCCUCCUCGAUCCUCUUCGAUUGAUACCUAUGCCCGAUACAGGCCGCCUUUAAUGUGCUUCCUGCCGCAUACAAAUCUAGAGCACGGUGUCAAGGUCGGGAUUCCAGCGAAGAAUUCGUACGUGUACUAGAGGACGCUGGUUACAAGUGACCCCUCGUUCAUUGCGCGAUUGCAAUCUGGACGCGGGAGAAUCGCUAUGGAACCAUUACCAAUCGUUACACCGUAAUUCAUCGAAUAACUUGUGUACCGCUAAAAAUGUGAUUCUUCUUGAUCCAUCAUCUUUCCUCGGGAAACAUUCCGAAGUAAAACGUGACGAGCGCAAUGGUCGAUGAUUUUUAACGCGGGACUCUGAAUUGACGGGGCAAUAAUAUCGCAAACGCCUCGAGAAUCGAGAGAACGUCACCGCAGAGAGAAGCGUAUCCGCUUGUUUUCUUCGUGUCACCCGUCUCCCUCCUUGGUAGCUGACGGGUGCCUCGUCCCGGCCCCGGUUUUUGCCGAAUGUUUGUUCGUGUCGUUCGGCAGCGCAGAGAUAGAGAGGUUUUUAUCAUACGGCUGCGGAGAAACGAGCGAUCGAACGAGCAAGAUUAACCAGGCGACCUGGCUAAUUUUAAUUCGCGCAACAAACAAGCCGCGAAGCUGUCGCGCGAUAACGGAGAGAGAAAGAGAGAAGAACAGUACUACGGGAUCGCCGCCGCUGCGUUUCCAGCGUUCUCCAAUAUGGCGAACGACGCCGAGGAGGAGCCUCGUUCCUCGAGCGUUUCGUCUCCGAUUUAAUUGAACCUUUACGUCGGUAUUAAUUUUCGUACUCUAUAAUAUUAUCAUUAUAGUGGUCAAAGGAAUUUUUAAGGUAUAUUGUGUGCCAGACGUGACGAACAGAUUUCGAUAUAUCAAAACAAGCAUCAUGAAGGGUGCCGGUGAUCUAUCGAACAAGAAUCACGUUUUCGACCGUACGCAGAAGUUUGUUUGCGCGUGCGCGAAUUGGCUCGCGAGUCAUUGAAACGAGUCAGUGAUCUGGUGAUUAAAGUAGUCAUUUAAAUCGACUGCAACAAUGUGGAUGAAACAACCGGAACAAGUGUAUCUGCACUCUCAGCAUCCGCAGCAGCAGAUGCACCCCGGGAUGAUGGGAACAGAUGAAAGGUCGCCGCAGCAGCAGCAUCAACAGCAUCAGCAUCAUCACCAUCAUCAGCAUCCGCAUCAUCAUCGACCUAGCACCAUGGAUUUGCCUGUUCCAAGCAAUCCGAGAGCGGCUCGCAACAUGGCAGAGAAACAACGCCGCGACAAUCACAACACAAACAUCACAGCAAUGGGGAAGCUCGUACCUGCUGUCGCCGAAAGUCCAAGGAAGAUGGACAAGAUUUCCAUCCUGAGGCUGGCUGUAGCGUUCCUCAGGUCGCACUAUACGUUGGGAUACGGCACAGUAGAUUUUCUACCCCGAGAGAUCGGCAAACUGGACUUGGAACAAUAUAUCGUCGACAACUUGAUCCAAAGCGGGGGCUUCUUUAUCGUGGUCACGACUACAGGGAAAAUCGUCUACGUCAGCCGGCAAGUCCAAGAGCACCUCGGCCACACUCAGGCGGACCUUCUGGGCUACUCUCUGUACGAUUUCAUCCACCCGAAUGACCGCGACGAACUCACGCAUAAUCUCACUCCGGACGACGUUCCAGGAGUAGUGUCGUCGUCUUCGUCGAUACCACAGCUUACGGACACGUCGAACGAUAAUUCUACUUCCUCGGAGGACUCAUCGUCUCUGAGAAACGAAAGGAAACCGUUCCGAGAGCAGCGGCGGACUUUCGAAUUAAGAAUGUUGCACCGCACGGCGUCCCGAAGGGAACACACGCAAUACGAAUGGUUCGAGAUCACGGGGAAGCUCAGGCUCGCGGACACCUGCAAAAAUCCUGAAUCGCAAGUCAGCCGGACGAAACAUCGAGAAAUCGGUUCAACCAGCAACGACAUUAUCUUCGUGGGUGUAGCGCGAUUGCUGAUGAAACGACCAAUCACUGGAAUAUCAAUAAUAGAUGCAAAUAAAGACGAAUACCUCACUCGGCAUUUGGUGGAUGGCAGAAUCCUUUACUGCGACCACAGGGUGUCCGUGGUAGCUGGUUACUUAGCGGAGGAAGUCUCAGGUCUGAGCGCCUUCAAUUUCAUGCACAAAGACGAUCUUUGGUGGGCAAUGAUCGCGCUUCGUCAAAUGUACGUUCGCGCGGAAACUUGCGGAUCAUCGUGUUACAGGCUACUGUCAAAAACAGGAGAAUUUAUUUAUUUACGUAGUCACGGGUACUUAGAGCUAGACGAGGACACACAAACUGUUGUAUCUUUUGUGUGCAUAAAUACACUAAUGUCGGAGGAAGAGGGUGAACAACUAGUACAACAAAUGAAGAAAAGAUUCUCAGCAACAUUAUCCGAAUCUACAUGGGAAAUGAUCCAAAAUAGGGAUGAUAUUCCUGCACUUGAAAUGGGUUCAGAUUCCCAGCAGUCCAGUACAAGGAGUAGCGUAGGAGAUCCCACCGUAGUUGAAGACGCCAUCGCGCAUUUGGUCAGCGCCUUAUCAACAUCCGUUUCAGAUAUUCGUCUUUCAACGUCACCUGUACCAGACGAACAAUACGUGAAAGCUGCUAUAGUCUCGCAGCAUUUACCACCUGUUGCUGCACAAGCCAGCAAAAUCGGCAUUAAGUCUAUAGAUCACUGUUUGAUGGUGCAAGGCAAAGAUGAUCGGAACACAAAGGACGAAGCAAAAAGUAACAAUAAACAACUGGUUCACCUGAACGAACGACAAGACAGUCCUGGGUCAUCAGGGAAAUUGAUGAGCAUCAAAAUCAAAGAAGAGGAAACAAUAUCUGAAGAUGUCAAUACCAUUAUUGCUACAAAUGACACGACUGUGGAACCGUACAUAAAUCUUCCACGCGAUCCUGAAACAUCUGAUUUGGACAUUCCUCUAAGUAUAGACAUAUUGAAUCCUGGAAGUGUAGUUGAAGAACCCAUUGUAAAUAGCAUCGUUGACGAUAUUAUCAUCCCUGAUUCUAAACAAAGUCACUACUCCAGCAAAAGGAAACACAACGAGGAAAAUGACAGGAUAACUUCUAACAAGAAAAGGCAUAGUAGCACUUCUUACGUUGCUGUAGAUACUACUGAAGAUCCGCAAAAUGUUUCCUACGUUGAUCCCGAACUAUUCGUUGACGAACCUCAGGAUUAUCAGGACUUAAAUUCAUUGACUGACCUAAUUAACUCACGUUACGAUGAUGAAAAAUUUCCCGACCAAGAUCUCAUAGUAAAGAUGAUCUUAGGAAGUGAAGUUCAUUCUAAUGAUACCUUCAAUGGGACUAGGGUACCUGAACUAGAAGAUAAUGCACUCAGUGAGCAGCUAAUGAGGGAACACAUACAGCUGAGCGAGAACAUGGCGUUACGGGAAUCACAAGUGAAUAUCCUAGCACGAAAUAUGACGAACCCUGCCAAAAUGGCAAGUUUGAAAACGUUAAAGGCCGAACAUAACAGACAGAAACAAGACCUUAAAACGCUAACGCAAGAUCUCCAUAAUCAUAUCACGAUAUCACGUAAUCACAACAUUGGGGUGUAAAAAAAUAUUAAAAAAUAUUACUUAAAGUGUGUAGCCUAAAAUGUUGUUUCCAAACAAGCAACAAAACCAGGGUCAAACACAUCAAAAGAAGCUAUGAUUCUACAUAGAAGAACAGUGCACUAAAAGGAAAACUGAAAUUGAAACUGCUGAAGUGAAAUUGUACGUUGAUUAUUCCAGUGAUGUACAGCAACUUAGUCCUCUUUAAAAUACCAGUGACAAUAUGGUAAAUGAAGAAAUGACUUCUAGUUACACAUCAACAAUCGAGAACAAUACAACGAUGACUAUUUGUAUUAUUUUGCCACUCAGCAAGGAAAAAAUAUUCAUCUAUUAUUACGAAAAAGGAUUACAUCGAUCACGGAAACUUCAAUCUCUUUGCAUAGAAAAAAGAGGAACAGUAUCGUGAACAAAACAUAGACAAAAUAGUCAGCAUAUAAAUUCUAUGCUGCAUAGAGGUGUAGACUCUGUAUUGCACGAACGGAUUAUGGACGUUGUAUCCAACUUGAUUCUUGGCGCAAACAUGAUCGAUCGUUACACUUCGUUAAUGGUAUCCACGAAUUUACGAAUGUGAAUCGUGUUAUAAAAGACGAUCGUGUCCGUGUUACAUAUUCGAAGGUCCAAUGUUGCGCAAUUUUUAAAGUUUAUGAUAGGUAACUUGUAAAUAGUGUGGAGUCAAUUUAAAAAUGGCCGUGCUGUUUGUCUGGGCUUCAACACUGUUUUAUCAGGUCAUUGCAUGGCCAAAAUCAUGAACUAUUUCCAUGUCGAAUAAAUCGCAGUAUAUAAGCAUAUAUAUCGGAUGGAUACAGCACCAGUUUUGUUUAAACAUCCUACUCGCUUUAGGAUGUGAACUAAUACAAGAGAAAAGUAUAAUGCCAUUGAAAUUCAAUUUGAAUCUUACUGGUAAGAGCAAAUUGGCAGUACAAAAUAUAUAUCUUACACAAAAAGAUGUUUCCAAAAGAAAGAACGUACUAUUAAAAAACGUACUAUUAAAAAAAAUAUUAGAUACAUGAUUGUAUCUAACUUUUAUUAUUGUUACACGAGUACGGUAACAAUCAAAUUGUAAAUUGUCUCGAAUCAUGAAUACAUUAUCAAUCUCUUUUUCUUUUAAAAGAAAAAUGCAUUCGUAAAUGUGUGAACUGCUAAUUUUGUUAUAUAUACAUAUAUACAUAUAUAUAUACAUAUACAUAUACAUAUAUACAUAUAUAUAUAUAUAUGUAUGCACUAUUUGUAACACAUGCAUGCAUUUUACAUAUUAAUUUGUUAUUUUUACAAAUUUUUUACUUUAUCGAGAAAUAUUAAUGUAAACAAAACUAUCCUCUUGUUUCACUAAGUGAGGUCGAUAUUAUCGAUCCCAUUAAGUGAAUAAAGGAAUGUUGUAUUUUGUGUUUACAACCGUUCUGUUAUUGCGAAUUUUUAGACUUUACUGGCCUCGUUAUCCACCCAAUAUUAUGUUACUUUAUAUUACUUUAUUUAAUUGCACUUAAGCUUUAGUAUCUAUUGAUCAGAGUAGCAUAAUAAUUCCCGCGAUUACCUGAUGCGCAAUUAUAAGUAAAUGGCGAUGUAGCUAAAAGCUACACGUUGACAAAAGAAUGAAUAAGCAUAAUCGUGCGAAUGAAUUUACAAUUCAUCAGUAAAAAAAAUGUGGUAAAAUAUAUAAGUUGAAACGAUGCGCAUAAAAAGUUACAAACGCGCAUUCUAUAUGGACAUGUUCAGCAUCUAUGAAUAAGGUCGUUGUUUCGCAUACUCAUUAUCAUUUCUUCAAAUACAAAAACAUCCAAGGGAAGAUAAAUCGCAUCUCGAAGUUUAGUUUUGCAUUCGAAUUUUAACUAGUAACUAUCAGUCAAACUAUCUAUCAGUUAAUGAUCCUGUACAUUUUUUGGAUUGUAAUAACUAUCUAAUUUUACAUGUUAAUGUCAAUUAAUUUAAAUCACUUGGUCAUCCUACUAAAGUUUUUGCAUCUUAUGAGGUACAGCCAAUAAUAUCGAAUGCUAUCCAUUGUUAUAUCAAGGUUGUGUGCCAUUCAAAUUUGCAUAUUUUUCUGGACUAAAUGAUUUAAAUUCCUCUACUAACGUGGCAGUUGGUUACAAUAACCAGUUCGUCCAUGACAUUCAUUUUCUAGGAUGCAAGUCAAACAUUGACUCCACAUACCUUCUGUUAUUGAGUACCAUUUACAUAGGUAUGCAUACUACAUUCUAUUUGCCAAUAGCAAAUAGUAGUGAGUAUUAUCCUAAAUUGCAGCAUGAAAUUUCGUACUGUUAUUAUCUUCAGCGUUUGAUGAAUGCAACAAUCUGCCCUAUAUUCUAUGAACUGUGGUCAUCAGAACUACCAUAAAAUUAGUUGACUCUUUUUGUGUUUAUUGUGAUACAGCCAGAAGGCAUUGUAACUAUCAUUGAGUGAAAAUUCUAUAAACUUUAGUCCUUUUUAUAGCCACUCCAAUCAGUUUGAUUUUCGAUAUAAGCCUGGAAUACCUUUCCAGUUUAUGUGAUACUUGAUUAUGGUUUUGCAAUCUAAAAACUAAUAGAACCAGUCCACAUUGCUUAGCAUACGAGACGGUCUCAUCAGUUUCUGAUAAAUAACAGUCCCUCUUCACAAGUAAUGUCUGCCUUUUAAAAUGCUUUCUGUACAAAUUUCACUCCUGUAUGCAUAAUAAUUACAGCUAUUACAUACAAUUAUUACUGCAGUACACGAUAAUCGGCUCAAGUUCAGCUACGUGACGCUGUGUUGUCUCCGGAAUUCACUACCUCAACUGCCUGAAUAAAUGGCGGUCACAAAAUGGCGCGUCGCCGGCUGCACUUCCCGUGCGCGUAAGCUCGUUGUUUCGAAUAGUCGUUAGCAUUUUUCAACAGCCGCGAUUAAAUAAAUCUAUAUAUAUACACGUGAAUAUAUAUAUAUAUGGAUAGAUCGUCUAGUUCCAUUUCCCUAUGUACAAGAAUAAAUAAGGCUGAUACUGUAAAUAAGAAUUCCGAAUCGUCUCAGCGGAACAAUGAUUUCCGCUUGUGAGAAAUCACUGCUCCCUAUAUUUUUUCCUUUUCUUUCUUCAUCGUUCAUUCGUAUUGUACACAUACUUUGCAAAUCGUGUGCUAUUUCCCAAAUACUUUAAAGAGGUUUGUUUUUUCAUGCGUACAGACACCAGUUGAUAGUGUCAGGAUAUGAUUUAGAGUUAUAACGUAAACUAUUAAUCAUGUAUUAAUAUACGGGCAGCCUCCCUUUACUCCCCCAACCCCCUUUUCCAUAAUUUUCCAUUUUGAAAAACACGACAACGAACGGCUCGCCGUUCCUUAGAUGCACCUUAUGUCUCCUAGGGCAACAUUAUAUAUUUAUGGUGGAUUCAAGUUAUUCUUGAAGAUGAAUAUUCGUACUAUUUUAUAAGCUUGAUGACUUAUACCGUGAAUUGUUAUUGUAAAUUGCGUAUUUAUUUUGAGCAUAAACGAUGUUCACACAGUGUACAGGCAGGGAGCAUGAAAUUACAAAAGGAGGGGAUUAUUCACGUAUGAUUCUUUACAUAUUGUACACAUCAUAUUCAUUGUAAAAAUUGUCGUUAUACCGUUUUUAUGUCAUUGACAUCAAUGUUGAGCGUUCUCGGGGCGGAUCGUCGUUCGAGUUCCAUUCACCUAGGAGACCGUAGAUCCUUUUAUCUAAGAUUGUUCCAACGAUCUACGGUAUUAGGAAAUAAAAAGCUUGAUACAAGCUGUGCUCACCUGUACUCGCCAAAAAAGUACUCCAAUUGAUGAUCCACCUUUCAAAAAUCACUCAACAUUGAUAUGGAAAAUCCAAACUUUUUUACGUGCUAGCUUAUUCCUAAGGAAAAUAAAUGAUUCUCGUGUAAUCCAUCGUAUCGUGGGCGUUUUAGUUAAGUGAAUGGCAGACUUUCAAAUUCGUCAUGAUCAUUGUAGUACAAACAGCAAGUUUUCAAGCGUCUGUGUUUAGUGUCACUCUCACCCUUUUAAUCUAUCGAGCGAGAAAAAGGAAAGAUAUUGUAAAUGUGUUUCGUGAUCCUCGGCGACUCGAGCUUAACCAUCUCUGAAAAGAAAGCACUGUGCGCGGACACAAUUUCUACGGUUAAUCGUUAUUUAAGAAUUACAAAUUGAGAAAAAAAUAUAUGGUAUCUAUGAUAUCUCGUUAACUAAAGAAAAGAUAUUGUAAGUAUAAUACACUUAACUGAUUUUCAUAUAUUGCAGUAAGAUUAACGUUUCGAAACUGAAUGCACUAGUAAUUUUACAGGAGUAAUGUACCAAAAACUGUCAUACGAAGUGAUGAUAUAUAUAUAUAUUUAAAAUAAAAGAAAUUUUAAUCAUUUGUUACAUAAUCAUGCGUUGUGUAGAUUUCUUGAGAUGAGAUCACCGUGUGAUCGAAAUUUUUUAAAACUGCAUGAAACAGUUUUUAACCCUUCAUUUUAUUGUACAGGUGAAUAAUGUGAAAUGGCAGUUGUUGGUAAAUUACCGUGUACAAAUAUUCGUCAUUAAUAGUCGGAAACGUGUAACACUGGCUGGUCAACAGGAAAAAAAGCACAUCGUAAGCGAAAACAUGAAACAUUUCAUUUUCAGCAAUUUUACACGAUCGUACCGUGCGAAUAUCGGUGUGACAUAAACAGACGGCACUACAGAAUUCGCUAAGCUAACGUUUAAUCUUACGACUUUGUAAAUACUACCUUUGUUAUAUUUUGUACUCUGCUGUUUGCACAUAAGUGAUUUUUACAAUUUCUUUCUGUAAGUUACAUACGUAGGUCGUGCGCGUCCUUCUUGUGUGUUUAUGCAAAGUUUAUGCAAGUUGUGCUCGACACACGUAUCUUUUGGAGCAGAACGCUAUAAGGAAUAUCUUUUUGGAUCAAUGUUCAGAUAGAUUCGCAAUAUUUGGUUUGUAUCUGUUCAACGCAUUAGGCCGUACCUAUCGAAAAUUCUUACGUGAAACGAUCGUCUCUGCGUAAUCUUGUUUGGAAAAAUGUAAACACCAAACUUCGAAGCGUUUCACCGCGUGCUCGUUUAAUUCACCUACAAAAGGACUCGAAAUUUUUCUCGUAAUUACAGUAUUACGCUCCCGAGCACGCGAAUAAUCUUAUUGGUCGUUGUUCGUUAAAUCAAAAAGCCAACGACUCAUGUUCAAAUCCUCUCGAUACAACGUGUGUGUGAGUCGUUUGUAUUUGCCACAAAAUAUUUUAGAAAGUCCUUGGCGGGCUCACUGUUCGAUUAAUUAUAAAUUUAAACGACUCACGAAUCGGUACACGUCGUAUAUAAGAAUGAAGUCUUGAGCAAGCAUCUUUGAACAACCGUUUUAACUCUUAAUCUCGUGUUUCCGAAACUCGUUAAACAUUGUAUAAAUUGUCACCGUAGUUGAUAAGACUGCGCAAACAUGAUUUUACGUUUCGCAAGCCUCUCCGAAGAGAAAUGCACCUCUAAACCACCUUUUUUCAAACCUUUUGUACAUGCUGUUCGAAUAAUUCUUGCCGCGAGAAAGUGACCGAUUCGCUGGACGAACGGCAAGAAUUAUUUAGGGGUUUUUUAGAAUCUUUUUAAAAAUGUAAUGAGAAUUAAACACACUGAUUAAAUGUUUGUUCCACUCCUCGUAUAUUUUUCGUGUUUCGUGUGAAUAUUUACAAGAGUCUUUGAUUUGGUAAAUGUUUUCGUAUUAAACUUGUAUUCAAUUUUUUACAUACACACGCACCCCCUUGUUUCCGCAGCAAUGUGACAGAAUAGCAAGACCGAAAGAAGAUAGAAACAUAGAAAAACUGUAACAAUAUCUUAACCCAAGAGGUGUAUGACUCUUUAUAUUAUAUCAACCCGUACGUUGUCAACCGGGAAUCUGAAUACCCGUUUCGAAACCCUUUUCUAUUUAAUUUUGUUCCGUUCUCGUGAAAAAUUGCUUUGCAUCUACAUUGUCUGAACAUUUUUACAUCGAUUUCUACUUCGAAAGUGAAGAAUUUACGCAAAAAUAUUGUAAUAUUAAAAUUUGACUAGUUGCAGACAUUUUGGUUGCCAACGUAAAGGUUAAGAGGUGUGUGAUUCUUUAUGGAUUGCAAUAGACCGAUGACAGUGUAACGAAAAACCGUUCCUCCGAUCUUCCCAGCCGAAAGAUGAGCGUCGAUACUCGCGACAAGGGUGAUUCAUGCAGAAAUUUAUAAAAAUGUUUGCAGUCAAGAUCGCAUAGAGCAGCGUGGAAGACGAUGGACAGGAAAUAUCGAUUCGAAGCGAGAGUUUACCAUUGUAUACAAACAAAUUCAAUUUCGAGGCGUUCGAUUUCCACUUUCUAGCGAAACGAAAAGACAAUUUUCUUUAUCCACACUCGAUUGAAUCCGUCGACGAUAUUAACGAGACCGUUCAACGAAUAAAUUGCAGCACAUUUUCAAAAUUUCGUUUUCUAAGUGCAUACAUUAAAACGCGCGGGUAAAAGAAAUAACUUCAAAUUUACAAGCAUAAUUUAUAACAAAUUGAAAGCUUCAAAAAAGAAACGAAUGGAUUCUUAAUAUAAUCGAUAAAGGAAUAUAACGAUUGGGAUCAUGUACACGUAUAACUUGUGUCAAGACUGAAUUAUCAAGACUUCGUAGGAGGUGGAACAUUUUUGUAAAUAAUACUGCCGGAAAGAAAUAUAUGUAGAAAUUAUAUGAAAAUUUAUGGACGUUGCAACCCAUUGUCAUUUAAAUGUAUUUUCCUCCUCGUCUCCUGACUGCUUUGAGAACCUCAUUAUUAUAUACAUAUAUGUAUAUAAUAUAUUCCGUAUAUAUAUAUAUAUAUGUACGGAAAGAAAAAGAAACAGAAAGCUAUGUAUAUGUACAUACUGGAUAAUGAAAUAUUUAAAAUCACGAGUUAUUUAUUACACAACAGAUUCUUAAAAUAAUUGCAAGACCCAUCGGCCUGCAAAGACUAGGAUUACACAUCUCAUCACAAUUAAAAUACCAUCACACGGUCGACAGUACCCUUCAUGUUCUUCUGUAUUCGCGAAUCUUUCGAUUUUCUUCUAACGGUUCAUUCAUCCCUAACAUUUGUUCGUAUUAUUCCUUUUCUUCUGUUUGAGCAUCGGUCUAACAAAGAAGGUAAUUCGUUCAGCUAAGCAUCGGAGUCUGUCUCUGGAUGCAAAUCAGUGAAAGGGCAAUCGUCCGGCGCUUCGAGAUAUGUUCACAUUAAUUGGAACCGUAGACCUUUGCCCGCUACUUCCCUUCAUUCUUCUGCUAAUAGACAAGAAGAAAACAAAGAUGGUGACCGUUAUCUAUAACAAGGUUUUAUUACUUCGCAUCACUACCAAAAUUGCAACUAUGUCGUAGUUAUAUGUACCGUUCGAGCGACGAAGCUCCGAAUCAAGUCCCCAAUUGGAUAGCCCCGACGAGAAACAUCGAAAAUUAUGAGAACGAAUGGAAAGAACAUAGAAACUUUUGCGGAACAUAUUAGCCCUAAAAUUUUUAUGCAUUUGUGGGUAGUACUCAUUAGAAGAAAUCAAGCGGUAUCAUUUUUCAUUCCGUUUUUGGAAUCACAUUCGGAAUUGGAGUUUCACAUUUUAAACAAUUUAACAUUAAAACUUAUUAUAUGGUUAGAUAUCAUAUUCUACAACAAGCACUGAUCGGAGCAAUGACAGCCAUUUUAAAAUUAUCACCACCAAUUCACUUUUGAACGUGAUUCCUUUUGGAACGAAUUAAAAAUACCACUAUUCGAUUGUAACCACUGCAUAGUUCUAGGACCAACACAUCUUCUAGCAAGGGAACAUACUGAAAUGACAUUCAUCUAUUUCCAUGAAACUUUGUUAAACUACAAUUCCUGGAGAAAUAUUUAACACAUAUUUUUUUAGCGUCCAUCAUUCAUAUUAAAGGGAUAAAAACAAUCCUCAAACUUUAGGGUAAGAAGUAUAUGUGGUUACAAAUCUUGGAUACUAUUGAAGUUAGAGAAAAUAUAAAAACCAACUUCAAUCACAAUAGCUUAAGAUACAAUGAAAACUUAAUUAUAAAAGCUUUUUUUAUAAUACAAAAAUUCAAAUGUUAAUUUGUUUAUAUUCCUCAUCUGCAUAUUCUUUUAUGGAUACUUUUUAUACGCAAAUAUACAGUCAAAUGUAUGAACAUUUGAGCAGAGAAAUAAUACAACGUUUUUUAAUGUAUUAUUUAAAUAAAUGAGGCUUUCUAAAAUCUGGUUGCAUAGCUAGAGUCCAUAUUAAAAAAUACACCAUGCUGUCUGUUACAGAGUUUUAACUACAGUAAUCUCAAAGAUAUUUCAUCUACAUGAAUGAUGACUAGUAAAAAAAAUACUUGUCAACUAUUUUUCUAAAAGCUACUUUCUAUCAAAAUUACAUAAAAAUCGCCAGAUGUUACGUCAAUAUGUUCCCUGGUAGAAAGUAACAAUGUUCUCACUUUCAUUGCUUUAUAUGAUCAGCUUCACUCACAAUAUCAGUCCGGUGUAUUGAGAAAGAAAAGGUGACGGACAUAAACGUAUUGAGAAGUACUUAUACAGGUUUCGUUCACUUUUUAUUUCUUGGCAUCACGCACGAUCUUAUUCUAGUCUGACGACGCUGUUAUGAAAUUUUUAAAGACAAUGUGAGCGUGGAAGAGAAAAAAUGUCGGAAUCGCAGCAAUGACACGUACACACGCGGAUGAUAUUAAUUUGUACCUGUAUGAGAAAAUAAUCGGAAAGGCACGAUACUCGAGGCGAUCUCAAUCAAAGGCACGUAUAAUUGAUAGACGAUGCUUGUAGACAGAGUCCCUUAGCAAUGAGUAAGCACUUGUAGUUUGUCUCUCAAUUUUUAUUCAACAUACUGUAGAAUCGAGCGGCUUAAGAUGUGUAAGCGUGGAUCAAAUCCCAAGCAAGUAAGUAAUCGUAGAAACGUUUCCUUAUCGUAAACGAAAAACUGAUGAAUUUUGUUUAAACCAGAUCUGAAAUUCUCUAAACGUAAUGAGUCGAAAAAAGGUUCGUGAAUUUAUAGGAUGCAUAAUACUUACAAAAUUCAAUUGGAAAAUAAUGCUUAACUUGAUCAAAAUAUUAACGAUAACUGUACAACAAGGCGCCAUCUUAAAUUUUGAUAACGAAAGCGUCUUUCUUUGAAAGAAAAACAGUUUUAGGUUUCAAAACACUUCUUUUUAAAUCUUUCUUAAAAUGUGAAACAUUUAUAGUAGAACACAUUGUACAAACAUGAAAUUAUGAAUGCAUUAAACAGUAUUUUGAUUGACACUAGGUAUUGAAAUCUAAAACUGCUCCUGAUUCUGGUAAUGUUAGUUUCUCAGUUUACCGUAAAAGAUAAGCGCAAGAGAGGAAACAAAUGUUCGAAAAAACAGUCGCGAUAAUUUAUAUUAAUUAAAUUUGAAUAUGAAAAGUUGUUACAAAUAUCUAUAUGUUUUACUAUGAAGUCACUUUUGACAUAAUUAUACAAAGUUUUGCAGCUUUGGUGAUCAAAUAGUUCCAAUACGUAUAUAUAGGAAUGAAGCAUAACUGUGUAUGUAAUAAGUAUCUAUUGAAACUUUAUUUGAAACUAAACAGAUACCUAAAUAUAAAAUAUCAAUUGCAUUCAUUUCAAUUGUCGAACAUUUUUAUCAUUGAAUUAUCGUAGCGAUCUCCGUACAAAUUUCGCCUACUAGUUAACUUAUUUAACCCCCCAUAACCGGAUAUGACCUUCAGGUUACAUUAUUAUCACUAUACACCUUGAUCAUUUAUUUUAUUUUUGGUCAUAAUAAGGCGAUUGCAAUUAAGUAAUAAAUUAAUUUAAACUUUUAUACACACAACUAUAAACCAUGCAUGCUAUUAUAACUCCAAAAUAACAAAUCAUAUUAAUUAUAAUGAAACUAUUAAAACUGCUAAAUACAUUGUUAACUUGUAUUUAGAGGUUGUCAUUUGCUAAUUUCACGUUAUAUAAAUGUUUUUACAAUCGCGAACAAAAUUCAGUCUAUAGAGGGUUAAAAAGAUGCGAAACACCUUUUACCUACUUAAUCAUCGCUCCACAAACUUUUCACUUCCAUUCAGUGUGUAAAUAAAAUUCUAAUAACAACAAUAGCAUCCAUUGAUCGCGAUGGUUAAAGUAUCGAACUUCUUAAUCUUAUAAACUUUUUAAAACAUUCUUUGUUCUAUCAUAAUUUUAUCCAUAAUAAAAGCAAUAUUAUUUCAAUUAUUCUAAACCCCUACAACGCCGUUUGAAAUAAAAACACUCUUCUUCCUUUUCUCCAUUCAUAGAGGAAGAUGCUGUCACAGUUUGACUACUCAAGCCUGUUUGUUAAAUAGAUUUAUUCAAUGUUGCAAGCAUUAUUUGUCCUAUAAAUCGUGAACCAAUUUUUUAACAAUGAAUACAUGAUUCUCGUCCAUGACGAAAUGGAGCCGUUUAACAACAUUAGAACCCUACGUACGAGACUGUCACGAGAACUCGCGAGAAUGAACCGACAAACGGUAAAGCGGUACAAAUUAAUAAUCGCAAUUUACAAUCCGGGCAUCGUUAUUCUCUUGCUCAUCGUUUCGGUGCGUGCGAUUUGAUUCGUGUAAUGACCGCGCGAACGUUUCACGGGAAAACGCUUUCGUUGCGGCAUUGUAAAGCCUGAUUCACAGUAGCGGUCAACGAUUCGAUCAAAUCAAGUCAGAACAUAGCCAGUCAUGACCGUUGCCAAUGUAAUGACAUAUUACCAACGAAAGCAUUCAGUGUUGACGGUGCGGUCAAAUUAACCCUUUGUUCUAUAAUUUCUUUCACAACUGUUCUUGAUAAAACUACUUCAUGGUUACAGAUUUAAAAGAACAAAAAUAAGUUGAUACUUAUUCUAUGUCUAUGUUUAAUCUAAAGAUUAAGGAUCGAUAAUAGACAAGUAAUGUUUCAUUUAUAUGAAAAAUAAAUAAAUAACGUUUCGAUUUGUCGAAUUCUAACUCGAUAUUAUAGGGGAAAGGAUUAAACUAAAUUUAUUGAUCGUCGAAUAUGUUUGCCGGUAAUUAAAGAGAAACUUCACCGAAUUUAAUUUGAUUGGGAGCUGUUGACAGUCGAACACGAUCAUGGAUGACGAGGAAUUAUUAGAAUUUGUAUGAAAAAAUAAUGAAUUAGACGAUUUUAGCCACCAUAUUCUUGCACAUGAUUCAUUGCAUGAAAUAAAAAUAUAGAUGGACAUCUACAUGAAGUACGAAGUAAAAAGUUUGACUUCUUUGUAGCGCUUACGCAACAUCCGAUUUAUUCAAAAAUUCUCGUCUCUUAUUACCGUAAUAAAAUCUUCUCCUCAUCCAAAAUCAUUAAAUAAUUCAAUGUAUUUAUUAAGUAUUAAAUAAUAAAAUUUAUUUGUUAAAUAUUAAAUAAUAAAAUUUAUUAAAUUAUGUUUAGAAAACAUUGCUUCGUUCUCGAGCGAAGGAACAGGGAUUCGAUUGUGUUUGAUCGUUGAAUGCGAAUGCUUCGCUAAAGUUCUUAACCUUUAGCAUAUUCUUUAACUUUCGCUGCUAAGCUAAAAUAUUGCAUCCCACUGUAAGUGCCGAUUUACUUUGAAGAUAAUAAAUUGAUAAUAGCAAAAUAGUUUUUUGCUUUGAUCAAUGAACAACAUUAAUUUUUAUUAAAUUAAUCUAGAAAUCUUCA